UGCGGCUCCAGGAAACGGCGCGCUCGCAGCUCUAUCUCGCGACCCGACGCGCCCUGCACGACCCUACCGACUCGGCAGACCACCCGCGCCCCCAGCGACGGCGACGGGAGCACGGCUCCGGCUCUCAGCCUCGGACAACUCCGCACAGACGGGGCCGGCAACUCAGAGAGGGUCCCCAGGGGCCAUGGGGACCCAAACCCAGCCAGCGGUCGCGGGCCAGAGGGAGCCCCGGGCCUGAGGAUCGGGCGGUGGGGACCAUGACUUCGGUGUGGAAGCGCCUGCAACGCGUGGGCAAGCGGGCCGCCAAGUUCCAGUUUGUGGCCUGUUACCACGAGCUGGUGGUGGAGUGCACCAAGAAAUGGCAGCCGGAUAAGCUGGUGGUGGUGUGGACCCGGCGGAACCGUCGCAUCUGCUCCAAGGCCCACAGCUGGCAGCCGGGCAUCCAGAACCCGUACCGGGGCACCGUGGUGUGGAUGGUGCCUGAGAACGUGGACAUCGCUGUGACCCUCUACAGGGACCCCCAUGUGGACCAGUACGAGGCCAAAGAGUGGACGUUUAUAAUUGAGAAUGAGUCCAAGGGACAGCGGAAGGUGUUGGCCACAGCCGAUGUGGACCUGGCCCGCCAUGCGGGGCCUGUGCCCACCCAAGUUCCCUUGCGGCUGCGGCUAAAGCCCAAGUCGGUGAAGGUGGUGCACGCAGAGCUGAGCCUCACCCUCUCAGGGGUGCUGCUGCGGGAGGGCCGUGCCACGGAUGAUGACAUGCAGAGUCUGGCGAGCCUCAUGAGUGUGAAGCCUAGUGAUGUGGGCAACUUGGAUGACUUUGCUGAGAGUGACGAGGAGGCUAAUGGCCCAGGGGCCCCUGAGGCCCGGGCCCGGGUCCCCCAGCCUGAUCCUUCUCGGGAGCUGAAGACACUUUGUGAGGAAGAAGAGGAGAACCGAGGCCAGCCCCCGCAGCCAGCUUCCAGCCCCUCUAAUGCUAAGGAUGCCAGCCCAGCCCCUGUGAGUGUCCCUGUGCCCCCAACCAGGGCCUCCUGGGACCAGGGGUCAGAGGCAGCUGUAGCAGGGGGCCGAGUGGGGCCUGAAGCCCCCAAGCUCCUGGGUACCCCACUGGAGACGAGGUCCUCAAGACAGCCAGGCCAGGACGUGGCCCCCACCCCAGCCCCCCGGUUCCGGAAAGGCCUCGAUGCUCCCCAGCCCCCAGUCCCCCAGGGGAAGGACAAGGCUCCUGAAGCCUCAGGGGCUUCCCCAGCAGGAGUGGGUUCUGCUGGGGAGAUGCAGGCCCGGGCAAAGCCUCAGGAAGGGACAGAGGCCCAGGGAGCCAGGCAGGGCCCUGGCGUUGAGGAUGACUCCAGAGACCCUUUGGGAGAACAGAGCCCCAAGGUUGAGGAGGAGGGCACUGGGGACAGACCGGGGGCCAGAGGGGUGGAGAUGGAGCACAGGGCAGAAGCUGGAGAGGUGCACGUGAGGAGGCUGGUGGUUGGAACUGGGGAGGCCGCAGCGACCUCAGACGCUGGUGAUGUUGUUGCUGAGCAGAGUCCCCAGAUGAGGCAUGUGGACCCUGAGGGAUCAGAGGCCACUGGAACACACGCUGAAGCAAGAUCCAAGAGGCCUCCUGAGGCUCCUCCAAGGGGCUCUCAUGGGAGGCUGGGGGUCAGGACCAGGAGUGAAGCACCUACAGGCCUGAGCCCACCCCCGGCAGAGCCUGCAGGGCACUCUGGGCAUCUUAGUGACCUCCAGAGAGCCAGGGCUGCUGCAGGCCAGGCGACAGAGGGUACAGAGGGGAGGGGCGGAGCCCCUGGUGUUGGGGGGACAGGCCUGGAGCAGGCCCCCUCUGUUGGAGCAGCAAGCACCAGGCCUCAGGUGAGCAGGAGCCAGGGGUCCCCACCAGCAGCUGACCAGGGGGCGAUAUCUAGGGCUCUGGGGAUCUUGGAGGCAGAAGCUGGGGAUUCAAGGGUCCUGGGAACCGAGACUGGGAUGGGAAAGUUGGAAGUAUUGGGGACCCAGGAGACAGAGGGAGUGAGAUCAGGGGUCCUGGGGUCAGAGGCUGCUGGGACAGCAGAGUCAGAGGUAUUGCAGAAGACAGAAGUGGGGUUUUCCAGGGGCCCGGGGACAGAGGCUCAGGUGGCAAAACCUGAGAUAUUGAGGACCCAGGAAAUAUCUGGGGGUUCAGGGGUACCGAGGGUAGAAGUUGAGAUAAUAGAGACUAAGGUUUUGGGUGCCCAGGAGACAGAGGUGGAGGCUUUGAGGGGACAGGGGACAGAGGCUGGAAGGCUAGAGGCUGAGAUAUUGGGGACUCAGGAGGUAGCAGAUGAGGGUUUAGGGGUCCCAGAGAUUGAAGCUGAGACAGCAGAGUCUGAGAUAUUGGGGCCCCAGGAGGCAGAGGUUGGAAGUUCAGGGAUCCCAAAUAUAGAGAUUGGGACAGCAGAAGCUGAGAUAUUGGGGACCGAGGAGGUAGCAGAUGAGGGUUUAGAGGUCCCAGAUAUGGAAGCUGAAAUAGCAGUGUCUGAGAUAUUGGGGUCCCAGGAGGCAGAGAUUGGAGGUUCAGGGGUCCCAAGUAUAGAGAUUGGGACAGCAGAAGCUGAGAUAUCGGAGACCCAGGAGGUAGCAGACAAGGCUUCAGGUGUUCCAGAGGUUGAAGGUGAGAGAGCAGAGUCUGAGAUAUUGGGGGCCCAGGAGGCAGAGAUUGGAGGUUCAGGGGUCCCAAGUAUAGAGAUUGGGACAGCAAAAGGUGAGAUAUCGGGGACCCAAGAGGUAGGAGAUGAGGGUUCAGGGGUCCAAGAGAUUGAAGCUGAGAUAGCAGAGUCUGAGGUAUUGGGGGCCCAGGAGGCAGAGAUAGGGGGUUCAGAGGUCCUGAGGCCAGAGGCUGUAAUGGCAGAUGGUGAAGUACUGGGAACCCAAAAGAUAAGAGUAUCAGAGGCUGAAAAAGCAAAGGCUGAGAUUUCGGGGCUCCAGGAGGCAGACACUGGGGUUUGGGGGACUCUAGAAACCAAGCGUGAGGCUUUCAUGGCCUCAGUGACUAAACAUGAAGUUUUAGGGCACCAGGAGGCACAGGCAGAGAUUCCAGGAGUACAGAAGACAGAGACUAAAGUUUUGAGAGUCUGGGAGGCAGAGGCUAGGGUAUUGGAGCUCUCAGAAGCUAAAUCUGAGGCUUUGGGGACCCAGGAAGCAGAGACAGAAGUUUUAGGGCCCCCAGAAAACAAAUUUGAAAUUUUUGAGACCCAGGAAGCAGAGGCUCAGAUCUUGGGGCCCAAGAAAGCACAAGAAGCUGAGGGAAGCCCCCCAGAGGCCAGCCUGGUUGAAGUGCAGGUAGCCAGUGGGGCAGGGGCUGGGGUGCCCAGGCCCUUGGGGGCCUCCUCUCCAGAGGAGCCUGAAGAGGACAGGAGGCUGCUGGGCAGCCAGGCACCACCUGCCCUGAUCAGCUCUAGCCAGUCCCUGCUUGAAUGGUGCCAGGAAGUCACCGCUGGCUACCGCGGUGUCCGCAUCACCAACUUCACCACAUCCUGGCGCAACGGGUUGGCCUUCUGUGCCAUCCUGCACCGAUUCCACCCUGACAAGAUUGACUAUGCCUCCCUCAACCCGCUCAACAUCAAAGAGAACAACAAGCAGGCCUUCGAUGGCUUCGCGGCCCUGGGCGUGUCACGGCUGCUGGAACCAGCGGACAUGGUGUUGCUGUCGGUGCCCGACAAGCUCAUCGUCAUGACCUACCUGUGUCAGAUCCGCGCUUUCUGCACCAACCAGGAGCUGCAGCUGGUGCAGCUGGAGGGCAGGGGCGGUGCGGGCACCUACCGCGUGGGCAGCAGCCCGCCCAGCCCGCAGGACGACCUGGACGCUGGCGGCCUGGCGCGGCGGCUGCGCGAGCACGGGUUCGACGGGCCCCGGGAACCCAAGGAGGCGGCGAGCCGGGCGGACGGGGCGGCCCCCGGGGCAGCCCUCGAGGCGGCCCCCAAGGACCGCGGCGCGGAAGCCGCGCAGGAGGUGCGCUCGGCCGAGGCGCCAGUCUACGGCCCCGGAGCCCGGCCACCCGCGCCCCCGGCCGAGGGGCUGGUGAACGGGGCGCUGGGCGGCGGCAGCGGCAGCGGCGUGAGGCUGCGACGGUCGUCGGUGAACGGGGAGGCUGGGCCUGUGCCCCCGCCGCGCGCGCACGGCUCCUUCUCCCACGUGCGCGACGCCGACCUGCUGAAGAAGAGGCGCUCGCAGCUGCGGAGCAGCAGCUCCUUCUCGGUGGACGAGCCGGAUGCUGGGGCCGCGGAAGGUCUGAGCCCUGACCCCAGCUCUGCCCUUGGCCCAGCCCCAGCUGCAGCCCAGCAGCCACCGCUUGGUGGGAUCCCCCCAUCAGAGGAGCCGCCUUCAAGCCCAGGGGAGGAGACUGGGCUGCAGCGGUUCCAGGACACAAGUCAGUACGUGUGCGCAGAGCUGCAGGCCCUGGAACAGGAGCAGAGGCAGAUAGAUGGGCGGGCAGCCGAGGUGGAGACAGAGCUGAGAAGCCUCAUGGAGUCAGGUGCCAACAAGCUGCAGGAGGAGCUUCUAAUCCAGGAGUGGUUCACACUGGUGAACAAGAAGAACGCGCUCAUCCGGAGGCAGGACCAGCUGCAGCUGCUCAUCGAGGAGCAGGACUUGGAGCGGAGGUUCGAGCUGCUGAGCCGGGAGCUGCGGGCCAUACUGGCCAUCGAAGACUGGCUGAAAACGGCCGCGCAGCAGCACCGAGAGCAGCUCCUGUUGGAGGAGCUGGUGUCCUUGGUGAACCAGCGCGACAAGCUGGUCCGGGACCUGGAUCACAAGGAGCGGAUAGCCCUGGAGGAGGACGAGCGCCUGGAGCGCGGGCUGGAGCAGCGGCGCCGCAAGCUGAGCCGGCAGUCGAACCGGCGCGAACGCUGCGCGCUGAGCUGAGGCUGGCGGCACGGGAGGCCCAGCCUCGGCGCCUC